UCUCAUAAUCCAUAUGCUCCACCAUCGACAAACGCUGUUCCAGCCUCACCAUCAAUGAAUAACAAGCAAUUUUCUUUCCCAUUAUUGCCAACAGCUCCAGGUGAAAUUCAACCUUCUCAACCAAGUAAUCCAUACGCUCCCCAAAUUGAAAAUCCACCAACACCAGUAUCAAUGAGAAGUAAUCCAUAUGGUCCAAACACCAAUGAUAUUAAUCAAAAUGUUAGUAAUCAAUUGAAUGGUCCUCCUCAAAUGGCUAAACAAGACUCUAACCCAUUAGCUCCACCGCCAAUCAAUGCAAGGAAAAAGGUAACACAAAAUAUCGAUUGGAACUGGUUAUGGAACCUGUGUGUCUCAAAACCUAAUAGAUCAAUGGCCUGA